AUGAAGCCGUUGACUGUCGCUCGCUACGCAAUCGCAAACGAAUACCUGCGCCGAAGGAAACAGCGAUUUUGUGACGCUGCCAAUCGCACUCCCCCGGAGCACCAAGUCGAACUCUCAAGCACCGCCAUUGAACAAACGCCAGACAAGCAAACAACGGAUGCGCAAGCUCAGCCAGCGUUGGAUCAUGUACAAUCCCUCGUCACAUCGACAGCGAACGAGAGAUGCGACACAGUCGCAGUCGGCGUCAGGACCAUCGCUUUGGAUAAGAUUAGUACAGCAUCUAGACAUCUCCGCAAGCCGGGCGUUUGGAGGCCAAUGUCAACGAGCGAACGCACUGGCAGUACCGUUCUGGCAGCUUUGCAACCCAACGCAGACAGAGGCGCGGUGGCUACAGGAGCAAACGCUGCAAAAAACCCAUGUGCUGGCGGAUUCGGCUUGCCUGCACGCGACACUGUCACAAAGGCGUGGAAAGGGACGACCGACCACGAGUACCAGAUUUUCACCACCUUCUGCUUCCCUGCCAUGGGUGCAUCCGCCCCACGAUCUCUUCCUCCGACGCCGCACCCUGAAGACGCCAGUGACACAGCAUCCCCGACCUCAGAUACAACCUUAUUCGAAGACGCGCCUGUAUGCACACCCAGCCAGCUAGGAUGCGAUGAAGACAUCGGUGCGUACAUAGCUUGUAACGACGCACCGAUGGAAGGAGUGUCAAUCACCUGGACUCCCCAAUUGGCAGAGCACGAAAUCGAUCCUGUCGCUAAACGCCCUGUUCGGCAUCGUCGAUACGUCUCUUCUCAAUCAAGCUUCGGCGUUACUGAAACGCCUCAAAUCCCGCUUCGGUCAAGAUCAAGAACGAAUGAUGGACUGCUGUUGUUUAGGGCAAAUUCUUCCAAAGAAACCACAGAUGACCCUAAAAUAAGACACCGUCGGAAGGUCUCUCUGAACCUCCCAGUCAAUACACACGCAAGCCAGGCCAGCGCCACUCAGCCAUUUGGAAAGUCCGGUGUCGAAAGUUGUACAAAGCGAACAUCUGGCAUGGAGACCGCUUACUAUACCACCAGCGUAGACGCAUUGACUCCAGAAGAACGGGAUCUAGAGUACAAGCACCGGCAUACAUUCAUAGGAACUGGCUCGCUAGACGACUUCCUAGAAACACUGGAAACUACACCAAACCAUACCGCUACCAAAGAUGCGAUUACUCGGGCAUUCGUACAAUUGGCAGCAUCAGAGCAGCUCUACGCUCGACAAUGUUCUGCUGGUCAGGGGUGGGAUCUAGUUAUGCGAACAACACUGAGCCUCAUGGACGUUACUAGCGUCGAUUACAUUGUCCAGUCGCAAGUCAAGCUGGGCUCCAUUACGCUUCGGCAAUUCCUGGAUUUGAUGCCUUUCGAUGAAGUCGAUGAGGUGGCGGCACUACGUAUCAUAGAAGCGUUCUCUAUUGCUAGCCAUCUGGAUGCGACGGCAUGUAUAGGCGCACGGAGUAAGGCACGAGCUUUCCGGAAGUGGAUGGUCGACCAAAAGAGUGUGGACGCAGAUUGUUGA